AACCAGUGGGCUGGACAAACACUGUGUUCAGAGAGUGAAACAAAGCAUUCAAAGUUAAGUGCAGGUUUCUCCGGCUUUCAAUGGAACCUUUGUUCUGCUGUUUUGAAGAAAAUCUCUAAUGCCGUGAUUUUUUCCCUGGAGUCUUUAGUCCUUAUACAACUGUAGGAUUUAUUCCCCCCUCUGCCUGCAUCAGUGAGGUUCGGCUGGCUCACUCUGGCUUUGAGACCCACACUGUGGAGAUUCCAGGAGGACUUACUGUACAAAAACUCCACCCCUCAUUUCCUCAAAGCACUCCGCUAUUUGGUGUUUAACAGAGGAACUAAUAGCUGUCGAUGCCAGUCCAGGGUUUUUGGGGACACUGAUACUUCCUUGCCGUCGACUACAUUUGGCAGAAUUGGAUGCAGAGCCAGUGGAUUGUGUCGACCAGAGAUGAUUGGUUGCGGUGGAGCCACCCGGGCAACUUUGACUUGAUGUAAACAGUGGAGAACAGUGGCACACAAGUAGUGCAGCGUCCCCCCCUGUCACCUGGGCAGAGUCUGGGGCAUUGAUGUGCUGAUGUGGACCCAGCAUGGAGAGCACUAGCCUUCACCUGGAGCUGCUCUUUGAGGGAUUUGCUGACGGGAUUAAGUGUCACAAGAGCAACCUCAGCCUCAAGGAGGAACUGAGAAAGCUGCGAGAGGAGACCAAUGUGGAGGUGCUGAAGCAGGAGCUGGACAAGGAGAGGGGCAAGCGGCUGGACCUCGAGCAGAGGAUGACGGAAGUGCUCAAGACGAGGUUGGAAGAUUCUCCUCCCCAGCCUGCACGUAAACAGCCGUCGCCCUCAGCCAAUGGGACAGAAAAACAAAAAGAGACUAUGUACACGCGAAUGAUGAGGUUGUUGUAUGAGCGGGUUGGCGUCUACAUUGAAGACUUCCGCUUCCAGCCUGAAGAGACAACAGUGGAGCCUGAAGAACCACUAAGUGCUAAAAGGUUAACAGAAAAUAUGCGACGACUCAAACGAGGUGCCAGACCGGUCACAAACUUUAUGAGGAACCUCUCCGCCUUAUCCAACUGGCAUUCCGUCUACACGUCAGCGAUUGCCUUCAUUAUCUACAUGAAUGCUGCGUGGCAUGGCUGGGCCAUCCCCAUGUUUCUGUUUUUAGCCAUUUUGAGGUUGUCCUUGAAUUACCUCAUGUCAAGAGGCUGGAGGAUUCAGUGGAGUAUCGUGCCUGAAGUCACAGAGCCUGAGGAACCUUCAAAGGAAGACCUGACUGUGUCUGAAAAGUUCCAGUUAGUUCUUGAUGUUGCACAAAAAGCACAGAACCUUUUUGGUAAAAUGGCGGAUGUCUUAGAGAAGAUUAAGAACCUGUUCAUGUGGGUGCAGCCGGAGAUCACUCAGAAGCUGUACAUUGCGCUGUGGGUGGCCUUCAUCACUUCCUGUGUCCUUCCCUACAAACUCGUGGGUUUUCUUGUUGGGUUGUAUGCCGGCAUCAAGUUCUUCAUCAUUGACUUCCUCUUCAAGAGCUGCCCCAAGCUGCGGGACAAGUACGACACGCCACGCAUUGUGUGGAACAACCUCCCCACAGACCCGCAGCUGAAGGAGCGCAGCAACGCCACGGUCUCCCGACGGCUGUCUUGUGCGGAAAAGGUCCAGCCAGUGGUUUCGCGAAGUAGCCUAGCAACGGUCCCCUGUGGUGUCAGCCGUGAGGAGGAGAGUAGCCGCUCCCACAACCCCAAGAAGGGGGCCUUCCACGAGGUCUUCAAUCUGACCGAGAAUGAGCGGCCCUUACCAGUGUGUGAGAACGGCUGGAGGUGCUGCUUAAUAAACAGGGACAGGAAGAUGCCCACAGACUACAUCCGUAAUGGAGUCCUCUUUGUCACAGAGAACUACCUGUGCUUCGAGAGCUCCAGCUCCAGAUCAGGCUCCUCAAAGAAGAACAAAGUCAUCAAGCUUGUUGACAUCACAGACAUCCAGAAGUACAAAGUCCUGUCUGUGCUGCCUGGGUCGGGAAUGGGGAUUUCCAUAGCCACGCCCUCCACUCAGAAGCCCUUGGUGUUCGGUGCCAUGAUUCACAGAGACGAGGCCUUCGAGGCGAUCUUCACCCAAUACAUGAAGAACAUGACCACACCUGGUCCUGAGACCUAGCGUCUACCUUCCAGGGCAGCCGGGGGCCUGCUAGCACUGCUGCACCGCUGGGGGUGGGGGUGGGGGUGGGGGGGGGGACUGGUCAAUGUCCUCUCUCUCACUCUGCUCAGGCCAGGCUCAUGGCCACGGCAAACUGUCUCUCUCUCUUUCUCUCUCUCUCUCUAUCUCUCACUCGCUUAGUCGUCUGGCCUUGCCGAGUUGUCACCCCUGUCAUGGAGGAUAGGACAUCAGGCUCCACAUGGGUCAUGGAACACAUUCCUGUUUGGGGUGUGUGUGUGUGUGUGUGUGUGUG